AUGAAUCGAAGUGUACGCUAAAAUUAAAGAAUUCCACAUUCUCUUAAUUAAUCUAUGACAAAUGGAUUACCAGCUCUUAAUUAGGAUAACACAAAUUUGUGUAUAUCUUAAUUCUAUAGGAGAAGAGUUACUUAAAAAUAUUAAGAUUCUCCAAGCAAUGAUAUUUCUACAGGCAGAGUUUAAAUUUAAUUCUAAAAAGAUGCUGAAUAAAUGAAAGAAGAAAUUUUAUUAUUAAAGAAAGAAAACCAAAAACUCAAACAUAUAAACUAAUAAUUAUGUUUUUAGAUAAAACUUGAUGAGGUAAUCAAUCAAUUAUUCAUAUUAGAAAGAGCAAAUUGAGAAACGAACAACUCAAGAUGUAUCUGAUGAUUAAGUCAAUCCAAAUCAAAACUAAAGACUCGUAGAGAAAUUAAAAUAAGCUAGAUUGUUAUUACAAGAAAAAUAAGCUGAAAUUGAUAAUCUAAAAAAAUCUACACGCUAUAUGCGACUUUAAGAAAUGGAAGUAUUGUGCUUAUUGAUAUUCCAAGAAUGAAUUGUGUGCAACUAAGCUAAAGUUUGAGUUUUUAAACAAAUAAUUCAACGAAAUUUUAAAGACAGAAAAUGACGUAAACAAAUUUCAAAAAUUAACAGUUCAAACAAUUGAAUUAGAAGAAUAGUUGAGAUAAUUAUCUUUUUCACACUAAAAGUAAAAGAAGAAAGUUUUAAAUCUUAGACAAGAAUUAUUGACUUGUUUAGCUAUAAAAGAAAAAUUAAAAAAAUAGCUUGAAUAAACUAAAAAUGAUUUUGAAAAAUUCAUAAAAGAUCAUGAAUAAGAAAUUGAGAAAAAAAAAAAAUAUAAAUAAACUAUUGAACUUUUGAAUUAAUAAUUAGCUGAUAAAUAGACAUUAAUUUAAUAAAUGUAGACUGAAUUAGAUAAAUAAAGAAUGUUAGUUUCUUAAAAAUAACGUUAAUUUAAGGAAUUAGAAGAUUAAUAUUAAACAAAGAAAUCUUGGUUAACAAAUAAAAGAGAAGCUCCUACAUCAUUUUAAGAAAUUUUAGAUGAAAAAGUUAAAAAAAACAAUAUUGUAAUUUCAGAUGAUGAAAUGAAUUAUUCUAUUAGAGUAGGUUCUGAUUCUAAAAUUAUAUUUGAAGAUGAAAUAUAAGAAAAAACUUAAAUAUUACCAAAUCGUAUAAGUAUGGAAUCUGCAAAAGAGGAAUUAAAAACUUCUCGGAUUUAAAGUUCAAGACAUUUAUAAGAAAUAGAGUAUAUUAAAUAAAAAUUACCUCGAGUUAAUUUGUGUGAUGUUGAAAAUAUAGGAAAAUCUUUGAAAUAUAAAUUAAUAUCUGAAAAAAUAAUUUUAGAAGACAUUCAUAAAUUUUUUGAAUAGAAAUAAGAUAUAACAAUUUAAGAAUUAGUUGAAAUUUUAUAAGAAUAUCCUUUUAAUUUAUAAGAUUAUAAAGAAGCAUUAUUAUUGGCACGUUAUUUAAUUGAGGAUAAUUCAUAAUAAUUUGUUGAUUUUACUCCUUUUUAAGUGAAUGAUAUUUGUAUCAUCAAAAGUGUAUUAAAGAAAGUGAUAGGGAAAUAUACUUUACUUAAUGAAGAGCAAUAAUUAUAAAUAAUGAAUUCUAUUGGUUAAUAAAUUUGGAAAUUUAGAUAAUCGAUAGUUGAAUAAAUUAAAAUAAUCGUUUAAAAAAAAACAAACUCUUAAUUUUGUGAGUGUUGUGAUGAAAAUGAUUUUAGGAGUGCCUUAAUAAACAGCAAUAUUAUAUUAGAUGAUAAAUAAAAGGAAUUUUUGGGUUAAUUUAUUUAUAAAGAGUUUGAUGGAGUUAAAUUGUUUGAUUAUAAAGUUCUGAUUGAUAAAUUUGGAAUUUUUCUUUAAAGUGUUUCAACAGAAAAAGUUCGUAUUCAACAAUCUAAAUGA